UACGUCAUCGCCUAUGCGCCCUCCCGGAAGUGAUCGUCCCUGUUCCGUGUUCCCGCGUGGGCCAGGAAGCGCAGGCCUUCCCUGCACCGGCCGAGUUAGGCAAACUGAUGCUGUGUCGACCCGGUGACCAUGGCGGUGUUUCACGACGAGGUGGAGAUCGAGGACUUUCAGUAUGACGAGGACUCGGAGACAUACUUCUACCCCUGCCCCUGUGGUGAUAACUUCUCCAUCACCAAGGAAGAUUUGGAGAACGGAGAAGAUGUGGCAACGUGUCCUAGCUGCUCUCUCAUUAUAAAAGUGAUUUAUGACAAAGAUCAGUUUAUGUGUGGAGAAACAGUCCCCGCACCUUCAACCAACAAAGAGUUAGUUAAAUGCUGAAGAAGCCCAGAGGAACCCAAAUCCUGAGCAUUAGGGAAUGGCCUCAGGUGGAUGGAUUGAGUGCUAAGUUAACAAGCUCUGCAUAGGACAGCCGUCUUGUGGCUUGCUUCCAGGAGGGGUAUGCAUCAUCAUCAGUUACUGAAUUCAUCACAAAAAAAAUGAGCCUGCGAAAUGUCAGACCUGGAUUUCAUGCUCACAUGGAAUUAGAAGGAUUCCUAAUUGCCCAUCUGAAUUUAAAGGGAAAGCCUUAUAAACUGGUGCCUGCUCUUUCUCUCUGUUGCGUCAUUUGAAUAUCUUAAAACUAAUCAUUUUCUGAAAACCACAUUGUCCACUUCAGUCCUGAGGCUCUUUUUCAUUUUUAAAAGAUUUGCUGUUUUAUUUUUAAUUAUGUGUAUAUGUGCAUUUGUGUGGGGGUAUGUGCAUGUGCCCAGGAAGGCCAGAGGCAUCACAUCUGGAGCAGGAGUCCAGCAGAUGUGAGCCACAGAAAUGGGUGCUGGGACCCAAACUUGGGUCCUUUCAAAGCACUGCAGUUCCUAACCUCUGGGCCAUCUCUCCAGCCUGCAAGGGUCUUUAUUUUAAAAGAUUACAUUUUGAUGAAGUUGCUAAGGUGAUUCAGGCAAGGCUUUUCUCUGUCGUUUGCUCUGUUGGAACUUAAGGUAAUCUCCUUUCCUAGGGCUGCACUCUGUGUGGCUCCUUCGCCAGCUGGUGAUUGCAUUGAUUGAUUGCCAUGAUUGCAUGGUUCAUGUUCCCAGUCGUCCUGGUUACUCUUCUUGCAGAGUUCAACUGUGGUAUUGGAUUGUGAGUCCACGGUAUCUCUGUAGCUUCCAGUUAGUGACUAAGGAAGGAAAAACUGGAGUGAAAUGGUAAAAGAAAUGGCUUCUGGUACUUUGUGCAUUCCUUAUAUUAGGAUAGGCUAAAAAGAAACACAGCCAGUCAAAGUAAAACUGGCAUCAGUGAGAGGCGUGAAAUCUGCCAACUUGAGUACAUGAGUAAUUUUGCCAGGUUGGAAUAAGUAUUUCUGUAUCUGGGCCUAAGACAGGGCUUAGGUUGAGUCUUCAUCUGGCAGUAGUUAUAAUAUAUCACAGGCUGUGUCACUUAUCACUGAUAAGUGAAACCUCCACAACAGAGGGUGAGCUGGCAAAUGUGAGCUGGCUCUAAACAGACAAGCCCAUGAGGGCAUACAUAAUAAGCCUCCACAUACUGGGUGUCCAUGCAUUCCUGCUGAGUGAUACUAACCUUGAAAAGGAGAAAUUUGUGAGGCUGGACUAUUAGUCUUCCUUCACUGCAAUCUAAGAGUAGCAAGAAGUAGACUCAUUUUGCAGAAAUUUGAGAAGUUCCUUUGUAAACACUACUUUCCUGUAAAUGCAUAAAGUUUUGAAAGUGCAAUUAUAGACAUAUAUUCACAGCAUACAGAAGGACAUUCCCCAUCAUGCACUGGUAUCCAGCAGGUUGUUUGGGGUAUGAUUCCUGCAAUUAAAAAAUAGCCAGUAGAUGGGUCAUGGGUUAAGAGCACUUGCUGCUCUUCUAGAAGACCUGUGAUCAAUUCUUGGCAUUCACAUAGCAGCUCACAACUGUCUGUAACUCCAGUUCCUGGAGUUCUGAUGCCCUUUUCUGACCCCUGUGGGCAUGUAUAUGGUGCACAGACAUAAAUGUAGUCCAGACACUCAUACAACUAAAUAUAAUUCUUCUUUUUUUAAAAAAAUAAAAUAACUAACAAAUAGUAGCCAUUCAUUGGAGGUUUGAAUUAAAAUGUGUAACUAGGUUUUUUUUUUUUUAACCAGUGAGUAAUAUACAGCUCUAGGUAAUCAUUAGGCUGAGACAAAGUAAGUUAAAAAGUUGCCAGAAGUGUGUUGUACAUUAUAUUUCCCAUUUCUUAGUAUUUUUUUUUUUUUUUUUUUGUUUUUUGUUUUUUGUUUUUUGUUUUUUUGUGAGUUGUGGGGAGGUGUUUAAGCUAGAGCCUUGCACAUGCCAGGCAAGUGUUCUGUUGUUCUGGGCUGCAUCUCCAUUCAACAUGGUUUUAGUAGAACAGAAAAUCUAUUUGAUGUCCCUCGGAUCAUCUUAGAAAGCAAGGCCACUGCUCAGACAGAGCAGGGGACCGGUGAGAAUGGGCUACAUACAUAGAGAAGCAGACUGCCCUGUGCUCAGAUCAACGGCUUUGGAGAUUGCACUAACCAACUUUCUCUGCUGCAGUAGAAUUUUCUAGCACAGAAGCCUUGAUGUAGGUCUUCUGUGAACACAAAGGAGCAGGAAAGAGUCCAAGUUGAGACACCACAGGAGGGAUGCCCAAGCAGACUUCCGGCCAGUCACUGUCUGAAGUAGGUGUGGUUUUUGUCUUUAAAAAAACUGAGCAAGUUUAGAAACUAUAAAAUACCAGCUAUUAGUCCUGUAUUGAGCAGAAAAAACCAAGGCCAUUCAGAUGUGACUGGAGUUCCAGACAUUUCAAGAGCAUGGCUGAGAACUGGUAAGUGGACCAGCUCCAUCUCAUGAACUCUGUAGUCGCCAGAACCUGUGUUUCCUCAUUUGCAGUUAAGAGACAGGGUCAGAUGAUCUCUCAGCUGUCAGCUCUCAUUUCAUUUGUGGGUCCUUGUCAGUUCUAAAACCUUUCUAACCUCAAAACUACCCUGAGUCACAGCCUAUGGAAGCUCCACUUUCCUUCCAUAGCAUCAUCACACCUCAGAGUUGGAAAAGUUUGAAAUCAGUUCUUCAAAGGAUUCUGCAUAUAUGUUCACAAUGCAUUCAGAUGUAGCCAACAAUUUUUAUAGAACUGUAUGUAUUAAUUCACUACAAUGACUUGCAUUGCCAAGCUAAUAAAAUGAGAUAAUGCAAA